AAAAAAAAAAAAAAAGGAUGCUAAAAAAAAGCAUCGACGCCAAAGUGCGUCCUCUUUCAAACGUCAGUCUUGAAAGGGCCAGUCUUCUGGGCGCCGCUCGUAUCUACGUCAGCAAAGACUCUCUCAUCGCACUCACAGGAGGCCUUGACAGCGGUCGACCGUGUAUUGUCGAGAGUCUGCAAACAGGUGAUGCCUCUAGCAACGCUUCUGACGGAGAGACUAGCAAAAAACGACGCGAAGCCUCACUAUGGGCUCUCCCGGAAAAGAACGUCAGUGCCAAUGUUGUGAUGAUGACGAGGGCGUUUCAGGAGGCCACGGGAUUCAAACUGGGAGAUGUAGUGAGGAUCUCGCUCGCAGAGCCCGCCGUGGUGCCUGACGCAGAAGAAGUUGUUGUCCAAGAUGCUACCAGUGAGGCGGAUCAGCAGAAGGACACGGCUGCAGAUUCAAAACACCCCCCCUCUUGGGAGUUUUCCAUCAGCGUGUCUCUCGAUCGUGCGGAACAAGUGUUUCCCGGUAUGACUCUCGAAGGCGUCAAUAUCAACAAGCUGCGUCGAACGUUCAAAGUCAUCUCCGUCAAUGGACAGUCUCACAAUCUAGCUCGCUUCAAAAUCACCUCGUCUUCAGUACGGAUUCUUCAGCCUGGAGAGGACAAAGAAGCUGCCGAAGAUGCACAAGUAGCUUCUGAAACAUCCGGCCCAUUGGUUGUUACUGGAGUCCCGGGUUUGUCCACUCAAAUCAACACCAUCAACCAGUUUCUGAGAGGCUUUGGCCGGCCAUUCUGGGUUCCCAACGAGCGCGAGUCUUGCGGCUUCGUCAUUCAUGGAGGCCAUGGCACCGGCAAAACUUUUAUUCUCCAGCGCAUUGCCGCUACCAACUGGGGUCGCGUUCACUGGAUCAAGCCCUCAGACAAGUUGUCAUCCAUCCGGGAGACGUUUAAGCAGGCGCAGUCUCAACAGCCAAGUCUCCUUUUCAUUGACGGCCUCGAGGAUAUUCUCGCCAAAGACCGUUCCAACCGCGACUCUGUCAUCGAAGCUCUCGGCGAAGAACUCGAUAACCUCUCUGCGGCGGCUUCUGCCUCCAAUGCUCUGCCUCGUGUAGUAGUCAUUGCCACAUGCCAGGAUUAUCUAGCUGACGUACCGGCUAAGCUUCAGAAACGCUCGCGUUUCCGUGAGAACAUUGCUCUGCCUAUCCCCCGAGCAACGGAGCGCCUCGAGAUAUUACGCUUCUUCAACCCGCCGUUAAGAGCUGAGGAGAAGGAGUCGUGCCUAAUCAGCUUGGCAUCAAAGACACACGCAUAUAAUGGAGACGAUCUUGCCAAUCUAGUUUUGAACGCCAAGAAAAUCCUCGGAAACAGAUUAGACGAGGAAGCUGUUGUCGACGCCGUUGUCGAGGGUGUUAACAACGUUGAUAUCAAUGGCGCAGAAGAACCAGCUUCUCAGGCAAAACAGCCACAACAACACUUUCUUACUUCACAAGACAUGGAGCAAGCCCUUCGCAUCACUCGCCCCACAGCCAUGCACGACAUAAACUUGAAGCCACCCACCAUUCACUGGCAGGACGUCGGCGGUCAAGAAUCCCUCAAGAAAGUCCUCUCUCGCAUGAUCAAAAACACAAAGGAUACCAACCCAUCUUCUCGCCAUGUCCUCCGUCAACCCCCUAAAGGCCUCCUCCUCUACGGACCUCCUGGCUGCUCCAAGACUCUCUCUGCUCAAGCUAUGGCUACUGAGUCUUCUUUCAACUUCUUUGCCGUCAAGGGUGCUGAGCUGCUCAACAUGUACGUUGGUGAAUCUGAGCGUGCCGUCCGUACGCUUUUUGAACGUGCCCGUGCUGCUGCCCCUUCCAUUAUCUUCUUUGAUGAAAUAGAUUCUAUUGGUGGCAGUCGAACAGGGGGCAACGGAGCCGCCGCCGCCAGGAGCUCUGGCUCUGUAAACAUGCUCACAACUCUCCUCACUGAGAUGGAUGGCUUCGAGUCCCUCACUGGCGUCCUAGUCCUGGCUGCUACAAACCGCCCUGAAGCUAUGGAUCCAGCUCUGCUUCGUCCCGGACGUUUUGAUCAAAUCCUCUACGUUGGACCCCCUGAUCUCUCUGCCAGAGAAGCCGUCUUUGGCGUGCAUCUGCGCGGCCUCGCCCUCGCAUCGGACGUGGAAAUCCCCGAGUUGGCGCGUAUCACAGACGGUUAUUCAGGAGCCGAAAUUAAAGCUAUAUGCAACGAGGCUGGGCUGGCGGUGCUCGACAGAUGUGAUGAAGAUGAGACAGGCACUGAGAAGAUGGAAAUCAGAAUGGCGGAUUUGGUGGCCGCAGUUGAAAAGACACCAAGAAACAUUACAGCUAUGAUGAUUUCGGGCUACGAUAUAUGGUCCAGACAAUUUAAACGACUAUGAAAUGAUGAUGAUCUAUUACUUGGAGAAAAAAAGAUAUAGAACCAAUACAACAAAACAGGAGGAAAGAAAGGUAAGUUGGGAAAGGAACACUUGGGGAUAUACAGAUACAGCGGCAGGUAUGAAUGACCAUUUCAAAAGAUUUACUACCAUCUUGGAUACCACAAAAUACCCAGGCUACGAGCCGGUUCAUCAGCAAUUACAAUCCACAAAAGAUUUCACUUUCUGUCCG